AUGGAAGAUCAACCCCGUUCUGGACGGCCUUCUGACAUUGAUAACGAUACUGUGAGAAAACCUCCGAAAUCUGGAAGUGGCUCCAAAGAAUGUGAAGUGAAAGAGCGGGACAAGAUGCGGAUUUCCUGCACCCAAUUCUUGAAAUGGUCACUUCCGGUGAAACACGUUGUGAACGGACGGUGGACGACAACUCAUUACACUAUCAAGGAUAGAUCCAAGGAUCCGCGAUGGAAAGAAAUCGACAUGUCCAGAGAGAGCGACCAAUACGAUGUUGUGAUCGUUGGUGGUGGCCCGAGCGGGAUGUCAGCGGCAAUAAGACUGAAACAGCUUGCAGAGAAGAGUGGAAAAGUCAUUGAAACGAAGGCCCUUGACGAACUGUUUCCCAAUUGGAAGGAAUUGGGUGCCCCAGUUUACGAAAAAGUCACGUCCGAGUCAGUUGCUUUACUCACUGAAAAAGGGCGAAUUCCCAUCCCGAUGUUUCCAGGAAUGCCAUUAUAUAAUCAUGGUAAUUACAUAGUUCGUCUUGGUCAUCUUGUGCGAUGGUUGGGAGAGCAAGCUGAGGCAGCUGGAGUUGAAAUUUGGCCCGGAGUAGCCGCAUCUGAGGUUCUAUAUAAUGAAGAUGGAAGCGUUAAAGGAAUUGCAACGAAUGAUGUAGGAAUCGCAAAGGAUGGUUCUCCAAAGGAAGGUUUCGCAAGAGGUAUGGAGUUGCAAGGAAAAUGCACAAUUUUUGCAGAAGGGUGCCGAGGUCAUCUUACGAAACAGAUUUUGAAGAAAUUCAAUUUGAGCACUCACCCGAUGUCAUUUGGCAUUGGUCUAAAGGAAAUGUGGCAACUAGACCCAGCGAAGCACAGACCAGGUUAUGUCGAACACACCAUGGGAUGGCCCUUAGCUAGAGAUCAAUACGGUGGUUCCUUCAUCUACCACAUAAUUGACGAAGGACUUCCACUCGCUGCUGUUGGCUUUGUAGUGGCUCUGGACUACAAAAAUCCUCACAUCAAUCCCUACAAGGAAUUCCAACGUUGGAAAACUCAUCCAUCAAUCCGCAAACAUCUCGAAGGAGGCAAAAGAAUCGGAUACGGUGCAAGAGCACUCAAUGAAGGAGGUUUCCAGACAAUACCGAAACUGGUGUUUCCAGGUGGUUGUCUCGUGGGGUGCACUGCGAGUCUCCUUAACGUGGCAAAACUCAAAGGAACACACACCGGGAUGAAGAGUGGAAUGGUUGCUGCAGAGUCUAUUUAUCCUCUUCUCACUGAGGAAGCAAAAUGCGUUACUCCGACUUCUUAUCAGAAAUCAAUGGAAGAAAGUUACGUUUUCAAGGAGAUGAAAGCUACUCGGAAUAUCCGUCCUUCCUUCAAUACCUCUCUUGGAUGGGUAGGAGGAUUGUUGUACUCGGGCUUGUUUUAUGUGCUUGGUCGAGGAAAAGAACCGUGGACCCUUCAUCAUGGAAAACCUGAUCACGAGAAAUUGAUGAAGAAGGACGAGUGCACGCCAAUUGAAUAUCCAAAGCCAGAUAAUGAGGUCACUUUUGACUUGCUUACGUCCGUGGCUCUUACUGGAACUAAUCACGAAGAAAAUCAACCUGCUCACCUUACUCUGAAGGACGAUAGUGUACCGGAAGGGGUAAAUCUCGCUCUAUAUGAUGGACCCGAGCAGAGGUUCUGCCCUGCCGGCGUCUAUGAAUAUGUGCCGCGUGAACAAAACCCUUCCGAGAUGCGCCUCCAAAUCAAUGCCCAAAACUGUAUACAUUGCAAGACAUGUGACAUAAAGGAUCCAACCCAGAAUAUCAAUUGGGUGACUCCCGAAGGAGGAGAAGGUCCAAAGUAUUCCGGAAUGUGA